AUGCCUGUCGCGAAAGAGCAAGUCGGCGACGUACCUGAAGGCCUAGUUCCAGCCAUCAAACUUGAACCUCCGCCUGGGUUCGAACAAGAUGAGUGGGAGCAGCUUACCGAUGGAUUUGCGUGUGAAGCUGACGAGAUUGACGGUAUCUUAGAUCAAAGAGGUAGUGGGGGUUCACGAAAAGGCCGACCUAUCAAUUUGAGCGUCCCCUAUACUGGCUCUCUGAGUGGUAGCGCCUGUGCUAUUGCUCAACGUGAACGCAAAGCUCUUUUCGAUAAAGAGGAGAAGGUACUUGAAAGCGUUAGAACAGCCGACCGCUCCGCGAAGUACCAACUGAAGAAAUCGCUUUUGCAACAGCCUAAGUAUAAAUUAGCAAAUAGUGCUAGAGAGGCUAAGCUGCUAGAGAAAGAGUGGGAUAUACUUUCAGAGAAGCGGUUUACCCAGAAAAAGUCUGCUGAAUGGCUAGAGACAAACCUAACUCAUGUGCAUCGUAAAUGGGAUGCGAUCACUAAGCAGGUGGAUAUGAGAAAACACGAGAUCACGAUUGCGAAAGUGCUUAGCAAAGAUGACAAGCCCACCCAUGACAUUAGUGGUAGAGGAAUAGCAAGAAUUUACGGCUCAGGUGGUGUUUUGCAAAAGAUUCUUCGAAAGACCUAUCAAGAAGGAUUAGCAAAGCUUAACAACAACGACUUUGAGAGCAAGGAGGCUAAGAGAGAGUUUGAGAAGUUCGUGGAGGAACUUACACCUGAUGAGAUGAAAGUCGUAACUGAUAAUGACUGGCAGCAACGGGAGCCACCUAGCAUUCUCGACUUACUUGGUGACGCUGAUAUUGAGCUGGAGGGUGAUAAGCCGUACGUUAAAGGUGACGAUAGCGAUGAGUGUGAAGAAGAGGUUGACUAUGACUCUGAUCUUGAGGAGCAUUUCAAUUCACUUGAAGACGAGUACGAGGAUGACGACCAGUGGGCUGCUGUACAGAAGCAGGCAGCGCUUGAGGAGUCUGAGGAAUCUGAGGACUCUGAAUUUGAGGGGUUUCCGGAUUCUGAUGCCGCUUCUGAGUCUGAUAAUUAG